GUACUGAAUGUAAUCUGAGUGGGCAAUGUGCAGGUACUGAAUGUAAUCUGAGUGGGCAAUGUGCAGGUACUGAAUGUAAUCUGUGUGGGCAAUGUGCAGGUACUGAAUGUAAUCUGAGUGAGCAAUGUGCAGGCACCGAAUGUAAUCUGUGUGGGCAAUGUGCAGGUGCUGAAUGUAUUCUGAGUGGGCAAUGUGGAGGUACUGAGUGGGAACCAUGCGGCUACUGUGCAGAUGUUAGUGGAUAUUAAGAUGCUAGUAAGGAGGUAUUAUGUGGGCAGCGAGUGGGUAUAAGUUGGUAGUGAGUGGGUAUUAGGUGGGCAGUGAGUGGGUACUGUAAGUGAGUAGUGAGCAUGGUGAGUGGGUAUUUGGCAGGCAGUGAGUGGGUAUUAGGUUGGCAGUGAGUGGGUAUUAGGUGGGCUGUGAGUGGGUAUUAGGUGGGCAGUGAGCAGGUAUUUGGCGGGCAGUGAGCGGGUAUUAUGUGGUCAGUGAGCGGGUAUUAGGUGGGCACUGAGUGGGUAUUAGGUGGGCAUUGAGUGGGUAUUAGGUUGGCAGUGAGUGGGUAUUAGGUAGGCAGUGAGUGGGUAUUAGGUGGGCAGUGAGUGGGUAUUAGGUUGGCCGUGAGCGGGUAUUAGGUGGGCAGUGAGUGGGUAUUAGGUAGGCAGUGAGUGGGUAUUAGGUGGGCAGUGAGUGGGUAUUAGGUGGGUAGUGAGUGGGUAUUAUGUGUGCAGUGAGUGGGUAUUAGGUGGGCAGUGAGCGGGUAUUAGGUGGGCAGUGAGCGGGUAUUAGGUUGGUAGUGAGUGGGUAUUAGGUGGGUAGUGAGCGGGUAUUAGAUGGGCAGUGACUGGGUAUUAGGUGGGUAGUGAGUGGUUAUUAGGUGGGCAGUGAGCGGGUAUUAGGUGGUCAGUAAGCGCGUAUUAGGCGGGCAGUGAGCGGGUACUGUAAGUGAGUAGUGAGCGGGUAUUAGGUGGGUAGUGACUGGGCAUUAGGUGGGUAGUGAGCGGGUAUUAGGUGGGUAGUGAGCGGGUAUUAGGUGGGUAGUGAGCGGGUAUUAGGUGGGUAGUGAGCGGGUAUUAGGUGGGCAGUGAGCGGGUAAUAGAUGGGCAGUGACUGGGUAUUAGGUGGGUAGUGAGUGGGUAUUAGGUGGGUAGUGAGCGGGUAUUAGGUGGUCAGUAAGCGCGUAUUAGGCGGGCAGUGAGCGGGUACUGUAAGUGAGUAGUGAGCGGGUAUUAGGUGGGUAGUGAGCGGGUAUUAUAUGGUCAGUAAGCACGUUUUAGGCGGGGAGUGACUGGGUAUUAGGUGGGCAGUGAGUGGGUAUUAGGAUGGCAGUGAGUGGGUAUUAGGUGGGUAGUGAGCGCGUAUAAGGUGGGCAGUGAGUGGGUAUUAGGUGGGCAGUGAGUGGGUAUUAGGAUGGCAGUGAGUGGGUAUUAGGUGGGCUGUGAGUGGGUAUUAGGUGGGUAGGGAGUGGGUACUGUAAGUGAGUAGUGAGUGGGUAUUUGCGGGCAGUGAGUGGGUAUUAGGAUGGCAGUGAGUGGGUAUUAGGUGGGCAGUGAGUGGGUAUUAGGUGGGCUGUGAGUGGGUAUUAGGUGGGCAGUGAGUGGGUACUGUAAGUGAGUAGUGAGUGGGUAUUUGGCGGGAAGUGAGUGGGUAUUAGGUUGGCAGUGAGUGGGUAUUAGGUGGGCAGUGAGUGGGUCCUGUAAGUGAGUAGUGAGUGGGUAUUUGGCGGGCAGUGAGUGGGUAUUAGGUUGGCAGUGAGUGGGUAUUUGGCGGGUAGUGAGCGGGUAUUAGGUGGGCUGUGAGUGGGUAUUAGGUGGGCAGUGAGUGGGUACUGUAAAUGAGUAGUGAGUGGGUAUUUGGCGGGCAGUGAGUGGGUAUUAGGUUGGCAGUGAGUGGGUAUUAGGUGGGCUGUGAGUGGGUAUUAGGUGGGCAGUGAGCAGGUAUUUGGCGGGCAGUGAGAGGGUAUUAUGUGGUCAGUGAGUGGGUAUUAGGUGGGCACUGAGUGGGUAUUAGGUGGGCAAUGAGUGGGUAUUAGGUGGGCACUGAGUGGGUAUUAGGUAGGCAGUAAGUGGGUAUUAGGAUGGCAGUGAGUUGGUAUUAGGUGGGCAGUGAGCGGGUAUUUGGCGGGCAGUGAGUGGGUAUUAGGUGGGCACUGAGUGGGUAUUAGGUGGGCAGUGAGCGGGUACUGUAAGUGAGUAGUGAGUGGGUAUUAGGUUGGCAGUGAGUGGGUAUUAGGUGGGCAGUGAGCGGGUACUGUAAGUGAGUAGUGAGUGGGUAUUAGGUUGGCAGUGAGUGGGUAUUAGGUUGGCAGUGAGUGGGUAUUAGGUGGGCAGUGAGUGGGUAUUAGGUUGGAAGUGAGUGGGUAUUAGGUGGGCAGUGAGUGGAUACUGUGAGUUGGUAGUGAGCAGGUACUGUAGGUGGGUAGUGGACGGAUAUCAGGUGGUCUCUGAACGGUAACUGCAAGUGGGUUCUGAGCAGGUAUUUGGUGGGUUGUGAGCGGGUACUGCAAGUGGGUUCUGAUCGGGUAUUAUGAGGGCCCUGAGCGGGUACUGCAAAUAUAAGUGGGUUCUGAGCAGGUAUUAGGUGGUUCGUGAGCGGGUACUGUAUGGGGGUACUUGGCGGAUAGAGAGCGAGCAUGACUUUGGUAGUGAGUGUGAACUGUCAUGUUAUUCCAUAGAAUGUAAGUAAAUUUGAAGUUCAGACUCAUCAACACAGACAUACAGAUCUGGUUACCACUUCCUGUAAUCAUCAUCGUACAUCCCCCACACACGACCUGUGUGGCAGCAGCAGGGGUAUUGUUGGAAACAAGCAUGUGUAACCCACACCUCAUACCAGCUGGGCCAGAUGGUGUUAUGUAAACUAGAGUUACCUCCCUUCUAUCUAUUCCUGGUUUCUGCGACGGAUUUUGGCCGAGAAAAUGGCGUCUUGAAGUUCUAAGACAAGACGGAUGAAGAUUGCUUGUGAUACUGUCUAAGAUGCACGUCGUACAGCGCCGCUAUGUGAGGAAGUACCGACUGUCGGACUCGGACUACGACGACCACGACGACCAUGAGGAGGAGGAGGAGGAUGACGGAGAGUGUCCGAGGUUCCUGACACCUUUGAAAAGAGACUGGACCGGCGUCCCUCAAAUGCUGCUGGAGGACAUCUUCACCCUGCUGACUCCCAAGUACCGUCACGUGGCCUCCCAAGUGUGCUACACCUGGCGCUCCACGUUCUACUCCCCCCGUGUGUGGGAGACUUUCACUUUGUUAGAGAGAACCUUGACCCGCCGUAUCUUCAACCUCUACAAGGGCUACCAGCGAGACCUCUGUUGUAGGAAAACCCAGGUGUGCCUGUUAAAGGUGGGUGCACACUUCAAGAAGAUCAUCAUAACGCCGAUUGACAACUUCUUCAGUUUGUAUGAGUUUCUCAGAGUACUGAACUGCUUCUUUGAGUUUUAUGAAGAGUUUCCAAUGCCCAAACUGCAUACUUUCUUGUUCACGUUCUCGUGCGAGAGCCGCGGCAUUGCCGGUGUGAGGAUCCACGGAACUGGUGGUAAAAUCCUAGAUAUCCUCAAGCUGACGCUGAGAAACAUCCGCACUCUGAAGUCACUGAGGCUGAACCAACUCCUCCUGGACGAGUGCGAGGUUCCAGGCCUCAUUGAGUCCAUGAUAGGCAGCUGCCAGGAGACCAUGCGGACACUUGAACUCCUCAACCUGUCCAAGGUCCCAGUUCCACUGCCAGAACUAGCCAGGUUCUCCAACCUGUUCCGCCUGACUGUCAGCCCCCAGCACCUGGACGAGGAGAUGCUGCUGCUGCUGGGCGGGAUGGGGCUGGUGUAUCUACACAUACUGCAGGACCCCUAUACGUGCGACUGUGAGGCAGUGUCGUUCGAAGCAUGGAAGCUCUUGAAGGAGAUUGCUCCACAACUGAGAGUCAUUUUGGAGAUACAAGGCCUCACAAAGAAAGAUCUCUUGUUCCAACCAAGAGCUCCUGUUGUGGAAGUACGGUUUUCUACGCCUUAUUCGAAGAUGACAGCCGACAUCGCUAGUACUGUCGUGGAGCACUACAGUAAGACUCUGGAAUUGUUGGUACAGAAGCACCUUCCUAGAAUUCAAGGCCGUAGGUCUUUCCACGACCGAGGUGACUCCCACUUUCUGUUUAUUGUGCAGCACUGCCAUCGUCUGCAUUCACUUGUGAUUCGGGAAAGGCUGUCUAAUGCCUCACUCAUUUUACUGGCAAACAGAAGCAAGAAUCUUAAGUCGCUGGUUGUUCGUCAGAAUGCCCUCCUCAAGAAAUGCGACUGGCCCAAGUCUCCAGACUGGUCAACAGAAUUUCAUAGACACCUGAAGAAGACAGCAAGGUCGUAUGGGGAUUCCAAAAUAGAAGUAGCCAAAGUGAUGGGUCAUUUGUGGAGGCCAUUGAGAGAUGACGAGUUCAUGAGAUUGUAUUCCCGAUAACGGAUUGCUAUGUUUCUUCUGACAGUGUACUCCGGGGCAGGGUGUGUGAUAUUGUUUGCCCUGAACACAGGUCGUGACUUGCCAAGCUGGGCAUAUGUAUGUGCAGUACACAAGUAAUGUUCAAUGUCUCUCGAGUUUGUCACUUUGAAUGCACUUUUGAAAACCAUCGAGGAAUAUGUGUGAUUUGACGGACAAUAGCAUUGUAAGCAAUGUUGAAUAGCCUAUGAACCAUUGUGUGUCUGGUGGGGAUGUUACUGGAAGGAAAGACAGAUGACGACUGCAUGUCCAUAUGUUCUUAUUCUUAAUGAAAUUAGACUUUUUGUAAUGUUUACAUAUGUGACAUUUUUUAAAUUAUAAUUUGCGUUGAGCUAUAUGCUUUCAAUAUUGCUUUUCAGUGGGUUAAUCCGUUAUUUUUAUUUGCUCACCUGGCUGAAACUAAGUGAGCAUAUAUGCGUCGUCCGCCGUAAAACAACAAUUUCUUCAGACCACUACGCCGAUGACGCUGAAACUUCUCGUUAUUGUCCCCACCAAUGUCACCACAUGCUUGAUGACGCCCCAAUUUCUUCUAAAGAUUCUGAUCCGAUUUCCAACAUGGCCACAACAACAAUCAUAUUGAUAAACCUAUUUAAGGCCAUAAUUCAGUUGUUUUUAUUCAAAAGAUAAUGAACAUUUUCUACACGUGUAGUCGGCAGCGGCGCUCAACACGUUCUAUUUGUGCAAUAUAUUUUUGCAUUUAAAUCUCUCAAAAUGCAUUGCUCUGUAAAUAUGUCUCCAGAAACCACGACACUCAGUUCCAAGUAAAAUCCUAUCUGUUAUAAAUUUGGUAUAUGUGGCGUUCAUCACAUAUGUUACGGGUUUUGCGAUAUUAUAAUUGUGACAUUGUUUAGAUCUCUGCUAUAAAAUUCUCUCAAAAUUCACUUUUUGCUCGAUAUGUGUGUCUCGUCUUAUAAUGACAAUAUAUGUUUUAUCAAUUUGUCUCCACGAGGUUGAAUUGUUAUAAAAUAUGAGUUACAUUUGAAUGUAAUUUACAUGUUGUAGAUUAACAUGGAGUUUCUAAAUGUAGUUACAUGUUUGAUAUAUUUGAAUUCGUUCUCAUUUUUAUGCAUAAAAUAUUUGGCCAUCACACAGUAAAGUAGACCUGUACAUUGAUUGCUGCGGGUGGAUUAUUUACAAACUAGUGGUUAAUGUUCAAUUUUAUAUUUAACAAUAUAACACCCUUGGAUAACACUUCUUUGUUACUGUAGUACACAUGUACAUUCUGUCUAUUUGAGAUAGGUAAGAAGAACUGAAUAACUAUAGAAAUGGAACGCGGAUAUUGUUUGUGUAACAUUCUAAAGACUGAGAACCGAUGUAUGGGCGUACAUCCAAUGAGUGCAGUUAUGAACACAUAGCUUUCUGGUUCACGUCAUGCUGGAACAUGAGUUGAGUGAGCUCUUCUGUGUAUAUUUCAAUGUGUCGAUGGUCGGCUCACCUUGACAAAUGUGGCAAGGUUUGUGAGGUAACUGCUCACUACUGUGACGAAAAUGGACAAAUAAUAGGCCGUCAACUCGCGAUAGUGUGGCCAGUAACAUAUGUCUUUGGUUUUCCACAGCCUUUUCCAGUAAUUUUCAAUAUGGCAACAAACGGAGAAACAUCUUGUGUUUCCAAAUUUCAGAUUUUGACAAUAUUCCCAGAAUUUGGAAACUAAUUUACCUCGAAAUGAGUUUCCUAAUUAUAGAGUUAUGUGUUUUAAAAAUGUUUCCAAGCUGUUUCUGUUUUUCUACGAAGAGUAAACGUCUGUGUGUAUUGUACUUCUAUGCAUGUCUGUUUCCCGUCAAGUAGUAGGCGACUAUUCAUGGGGCAACCCUAGAGCUGCAGGGAGUGUUAACUUACCAAACUAUCAACUGAGCAGCAACAUAAACUAUACCUCUCAGCUUUAUCGUAUGUUUGAGUUGCAAUAGAAAAUAUCUUAAGUUAGCGAUGACCUGUAGUGGUGCUUAGUCAGCACUGAAAGAAUACUUCCACAUGGUUUUUUUUUGUUUUAAAACAUAAUUUGAUUUAAAACUUUUAUAAAUUGAAAAAUAAAUCGCAUAAUACACAACUGUUGAUGGGUAUCUUAGACAUCUUAUCUUUGAAAAUUAAUAAAUAUUCGGCUCAUAUUUACAUGUCAAACAUGGCAAUGGUCAUGUUGUUACAAAUUCAUUUCUGACCCCCGUCUUCUAUGAAUCAAUUUAAUACUUUUACACAACAUUACACAGCCAGAGAUUAAUUUUUAUCAACAGUUGCAGGAAUGAGUGGUGAUUAAAUAGACAUGCUCAAAACUAACAACAGUUCUUUCAGUUUUCAGUUACAUAAAACACAAACUCGGUAUACUUUCUUUUGCCUCUCAGUUAACAUACGCCUACAUACACAGGGCACAUUUUAAUGACACCCCUCCAAACAUUAAAUAGUUGAUCUGGUAGGGAAGACAUAAUCUAGCAUUCUCUGUGUAACGAUUUAAGUAACUUCAUACUGUAUAAAUCAAUAACGUGGAAUAUACGUUUGUGGUAAUAAAUGCACAAAUACUGCGGCCACUGACAUGAUGCAUGCUGUUUAAAAUAUUCUGGUAUAUGCCGAACUCAGAUACUCCGAGCUGGCCGUGUCCUCCUCAAUUCCACUGAUCCUCUGAAUGACGUUUUGACAAAACAUUUGUGUUAUGUAUAUAUUUGAAUUGUCGCAUUUUGAUAUGCUAUUGUUUUAUAUGUGACUUCCAGUUUUUAUUCUUUUAUCCUGAUACUUCGGCUGCUAAAACUAAUACCGUUGUAGUUGUAGUGUUGUACCGAUGAAACUGGUAGAAAUGAAAACUUGGUGACUCGCAUUUCACAUUGAAAAUAGAAAUCAGCGACACUGUUUGUGGAGUUAUGUAUGAAUAUUAGAGUACAGCGACUGAAGACAUGUCCAGGAUCAUGUGAUAUAUAUGCACUGUCUGAAAAUGAUUUCAAAAUAAAACUUGUGCAGCCUA